ACCCCUGUUACCAGACUUAAAUAUUUAGCAUAAAAAAAAUCUGGCAGAACUCCAGUAAAUUUGUAAACAAAAGUCUCACCAAACUUAGUUAUCUAAUCUCCAGCUAUGAAGAGACGAGGCGGGAUAUUUGAAAAAUUUUAAUCUAUGCAUCGUUUUUGCACGCCUCCCUCUCGUGCCACCUUCAGAUAAUCUUAUGCCCUUCGUUUCUUUUGAUUGCUACCUGCAGCCCAUCCUUCAGAUAGUUGACAGACAAAACAAUCGGUCUCAUAAGGGUCUUUAUCAGGCAGUUUAUCCUACUUUUUUGCUAUCUCUGUGGUUGACCUUUCAACAAAUUGAUAUUUUAUAUCUAGUUAUUUCCGGUGUGGUUCCCUGAUUUAAACACCGACAGAGAUAUUUUUGCUUCUAAUACUGAAAGUGCAGUAAUAUGAUGCCUUACUCAAAUUUUUCGUUCUCAAAAUCUUUGAAGAGUGCCGAUUGCCGUUUGACGGAUGGCUAAUGAGCUAGGUUGGUAAACACUUGUCACUCAUACAGGCCAUUACAUUUAUGAAGUUACUGAUCUGCAAUGAAAAUCGAGAUGGACGGUGGUUUAAAAAUCAAGUGGACAUUGUACAUAACAUUAAUUGUAUUAUUUAUUUUUGUAUGUGUGUCUGAAGUGGGACCUCUAACUUCAUUAAAGAUACCUAUUUUAUCAUCUCAUGAAGAACCCUCUUCAAAGUAUGUCAUAGUCUUUGAUGGGGGUAGCACUGCCACAAGACUACAUGUGUUUUGUUUUGCUAAUAGCUCAAGUGGUCAUUUAUCAUUGAAAAGGGAGCAUUUUGAAGAAUUUAAACCAGGUCUAUCAAAUUUUGCAAAUGAGCCAGAGAAGGCUGCUAUAAGUGUUUACCAAUUACUAGAAAAAGCAAAACAAUAUGUUCCUCCUGAUUCCUGGGAUGAAACCCCAAUAUCUUUGAAAGCAACUGCUGGCCUUCGACUUUUACCUAGUCAAUUAUCAGAUGCUAUUUUAGAAGAAGUGUCCAAAACUAUUAAACAGUCUCCAUUUGUAUCUAAUGAAAAUAGCGUGUCUGUAUUAGAUGAAGAAGAUGAAGGUUUAUUUGCAUGGUAUACACUAAAUUUCCUUUUAGGUAGAUUAACCGAUCCAAGUCGAUCAGUCGCUUCUAUGGAUUUAGGUGGAGGGUCGAUUCAAGUGACUUUUACACCAGUUGACUUGGACACACUUGUUUUUAGUCCUAAAAGUUAUGUUGUGUCCAGAAAAAUUCAAAAUAAAACUCUUUCAAUAUAUAGUCACAGUUAUUUAGGCUUGGGACUAAUGGCUGCUAGAUUGGCUAUUUUGCAGCUUUCUAAUGAGAAAACAGAUGAUCCACCAAAUGGUAAAGAUGUUUCUUUUCAAAGUCCUUGCAUUUAUCCUAGCAAAAAAAGCCAUGUUUGGAAUUAUGAUCAAAAAGAGUUUGCUUUAAGGGGAAGAAAAGAUGGAAAAUAUGGAUUUAAGUAUUGCUACGAGAAAGCCGUUGAAUUUCUUGGAGACACUGUCGACCAACCAGAGGAACUGAUGAAGAGGGAUAUUUAUGCUCUUUCUUAUUUUUAUGAUAGAUCUUAUGACAUGCAAUUAUUUGGUAAAAUGGGUGGCAUCAUUUCUGUGGGGGAGUUUAUGAAUGCUUGCAAAAAUGUUUGUGAGGAAAAGAUAAAAGAUCAGCCUCUAUUAUGUCUUGAUUGUAGCUACAUAUCUGCAUUAUUGCAUCAUGGAUUGGGAUUGGACAAAAAGAAGGAACUGCUGAUGGGAAAACGGAUUAAUGGAAUUGAAACAAGUUGGGGUUUAGGAGCUGCAUUCAAUAUGAUCCUGUAAAUUAUUCAAUUUCAAGGCAUUUUAUGGACCCUAAUUAUUUAUUGCAAAGGCAAAUAUGUUAAAGAAUUUUCUUGUUAUGUGUUACAUAUGCAGCAUAAAAUCUGUUCGUUGUGUUGAACAGGGUUCCUACCUCUUUUGGGACAUGCACCUCAAUCAGGGAAAUGCUCUUUUGGGACAGCAACUUAAUAAAAGUCAUUGUCUUUUGGAGAUGGGCAAUUUACUUCACUAAUAUUAAGGGAAAAAAUCAUUUUAGUGUAAUUUGUCAUUCGAUUGAUUCAAAUUUGGAUCCGAAGUUAGAGGAACAUACAAGUGGCUGUUGGGAUAGGUUUCAUCAUUUUGUUUUCCUUAAAAAUUUUGUAAAACUGAUUUUAAAAUAAAAAAAGAAAAAGCAAUAAUUCUGCAAUUAUGUACUGAAAAAUGCAAAUUUUUGGUGCUUAAAGAGCAGAAAAAAUGUUGCCCAACUGCAAUCAAGCGCAUUUUUUGCAUUAGACCAUUUUGGAAUGUCAUAGUUACAAUAUUAAUUAUGCAUUUUAAGAAAACAGUUACCUUAAUUUUCUUGGAGAAAAGCUGUAAGCUAAAGGUCUUCCACUCGCCUUCCGUGGACUACAUAUCAAUGUCCCACUGAGAGCUUCUGAAAAUAAUUGUGUGUUAGUUACAUGAAACAAGAAAUAGUUUCUCCUCGUACAUCAAGUUAUAAGUGUAUUGUGAAUUGAGCACCAAAAUCUAUUAAUUAUAGAUGGAAAUACAGUGGAAAGAUAGCUUUUACUGUCAAGAGAAAAGAGAUAUGCAGGGUGUAUCAGUAUAGCGUUUACUGACUUUCAGGGCAGAUAGAGUACACCUAGACGAUGUGAAACCACAUAGCAAUGCAUGGUCCGAAACGCUUUCCUGGGGCGGUAGUGACGACACAAAUCACCAAAUAGACGAUAUGAAUAAGAGAAGAAAAGAUGUUUAUUAUCCUUAGUACAGCAGAAAACUAAGAAAAAAGAACAUGAAGAAGCCAACGAUCGUCAUCAAAGUAGGUGUUUGAAAUUACGACACCGGGCCGUGACGCAUGCCUUACAUCUUCGGUGCAUUGAAGAUCUAAUGUUAGUGAAAAUACCAGGCACGUGACCCAGACUUCCCAGUGUAACAAAAACCACAUGUGCGCAUGCACCUUCCGUCAUCUGAUGCUUCAGUUUAUGUAGCAGUAUCUAUAAUGGUGUACACCAGACAAAAAAUUACCAGAAUUUUUGCUGUAUUAAUAACAAACAUGUUUUUUCCUCUUAUUCAUGUCCUGUCUUCCUCAUGAUUUGUGUCGUCACUAUAGCGUCAGGAAAGCGUUUCUGACCAUGCAUUGCUGUUUGAUUUCCCAUCAUCUAGGUGUACUUUAUCUACCCUGAAAGUUUGUUAACGCUGUACUGAUACAGCCUGUAUGCAAUAUUAACUGCUUUUAACUGUAUCAUGUUAUUCAUUUUAGAAUGAAAAAGAUAAACAAGGCUAAAAUUCCUCCCCCCCCCCCCAACAAAGCCACCAUUUUUCCCAAAAAAUCUUUUAACAGAAUAAAAUAAAUUUGAAAUGCUAAAAAUAGUUCCACAUUUUACCAAUAUUUUCCUUUUUAGAUAGUAUAUUUUAUAUUUACUUACUUUCUAUUUUAAAUUCAUUGUGAUACACUGAAUUUAAUAAUGAUUUGUACAUAACUGUCAAAGGAAAUAAGUGUCCAAAUUUAUUUCAUAUAAUGCUGAGAAAUCUGGGGACUUGACUGUAAAUGGUCAGUAUUACUAGUUCCGUAAAGAUCUAGGAACCCUGUUGAAGAAAAUUCUUAGCUUCUCUGUGAUAUAUAUAUAUAUAUAUGUAUAUACCUAUACUUAUUAGAGUAUUUUAUGCACAGAUAAAUGGCAUUUAAAAGCUGCCAAACAUGUUAAAUUAUUGCAAGCACUUCUGUUUUUAACAUGGUUACUCUUAGAAAGAAUAAAUUAUUUUUUAUCUACUUA